AUGGAGUCAGUCUUUAUAAUAACGGGUAUUAUGACUAAUGAUAUUGAAUCUGGCGUUACAACAAAAGGUUCUGAUGCAUUAAAGUGUAUCAAAUCACAAUUAUUUGAAAGAAUUAGACAUGAAUGGCCUCAAAUCGUUCAAGGAAUAUAA